CAGCGACGGGGGCGGCGUCGCCAAACGUUUUACGUUUUAAACAAGGAAGAAGGUUUAUUUAUUUUUGAGGAAACUGCGACGGAGGCGAAAAGACGAUCAUGGUCCAGCUGCAGCUCAGCUCUCUGGACCAGCUGGUUGAUUCGGGGUUCGGUCGUCCGUUUCCUCGUCACGGACUUCAGCUGCUCUUCUGGUUCGCCAAUGACUGCGUCACUGUUGAAUCUGCAGGCGUCAUGAAGCUGGUGUCCAACUGUCAGCCAGAAAACAGUUUGUUCGGUUUCCACGUGUUCAGAAACGUGGAGGAGCUGCUGCCGGCUCUGAAGAAACGCCGGAACAAGAAACAGGUUUCGUACUUUGAGGUGGGAAACCUGAACACUGAAACCUACCCGGCGUCCGCAGACCUUCCCGCCUAUGUCAGAGAGAAUUAUGGGCUGGAUGGUAACUAUGGCGAUGACAACAGCGACCGCAUCAUCAUCAGUUACCGGGCGAGGAGCCGGCUGGUGGAGGCGGUCUACGUCACCGAGCACGACGACGACGCCUUCGGGAGGUUCAGAGCCGACCGGACCUUCCAGAUCCACUGCGAUCUGAUCCGGGUCCUGCAGGACCAGCAGCUGGACAUGUCCUCGCUGCUCCACCAGAUGGGUUACUAUGACGACGUGCAGCAGCAGCCGUCGGUUCAGGAGGUGCUGGACGUGAUGCAGACCUUCAGCGGAGGUGAUUUCUUCUCUGGCUUCGACUGGUUCAUGGAACCAUUCAACUUCAACCAGAGGUGGACCUUCGACACGAUGCCCAGCAGCAGAGCCGUGAAGCCCAGGAGAAGCAGGACCAAGAAGAAGACCAGAGCAGUGACCAGGAGCUACCGGGAGCCCUACCAGGAGCCCUACCAGGAGCCCUACGGGAGCUACCAGGAGCCCUACCAGGAGCCCUACGGGAGCUACCAGGAGCCCUACAGGAGCUACCAGGAGCCCUACCAGGAGCCCUACAGGAUCUACCAGCAGCCCUACCAGGAGCCCUACAGGAUCUACCAGCAGCCCUACCGGGAGCCCUACAGGAGCUACUGGGAGCAGAUAUACCCAGUUUUUGCAGGAGAACCAAAGAAGAAGGACAGAGGAGGAGGAGGAGGAGGAGGACUGGGCCUGAUGAGGAUCCUCCUGGGAGCUGGAGCUCUUUACCUGGCCUUCAGGUGCUUCAGAUGGUGGAUGAGCAGCUGCUGGGAGUCGGACUGGAGGGAAGCCGUCCUCAGAGUGAAUCCAUGGAGGGUUGAGGGUGGCCGGCCGCCACACGUCAUGCUGGACUACGUCUUCUAGAUCAUCUUCUAGGUUAUACUUCUGAUGUCCUCAAACACUCAGGGAUUUUCCACUGGAAUGUAAUGAAGUUUUAAUGAUUUUUAUACAAAUUCAGACACUGAAGGCUCCACACCGUCUUCAGUCUGAAUGUUUUUAUUUAAAGUGAGUUAAACUUGGAACAUUUGAGCUCAAAGGUAGUUUUAGAGUCAGAGGGAAGUAUUCCUGAUAGAGAGGAUGGAGUUGUGCUGAGUUUUGCAUCGUUUUCUUCACACCAAUUGGAUCAAUAUGAAGCAGCUGCAGUCCUGGAACUUUAUCUUCUCAUUGAUCUGAACAUCUGGUCUCCAGUAGAAUGAUACAAACCAGCUGGAGGACGAUGGAAAUAUGGUGCAAAGACUGUCACUUUUCUGUCUGCUGUGAUAUUCCACCAACCAGAAAACGUUAUUGUUCACCCUGAGGGGCUGAUUUUCUCCUCUGUGGUCGGCACAGCGUGGAGUUUGGCGCCAUUCAGAGGCUUAAUUUAUGAGAAAAAUAAUGCUAUAGUUAAGUUUUUUGCAUUUAUGGGUAAUAUUUGAAGAUGCAUUGAGCAGGUUAAACCACUGGCACAAAGAAAUGAUGCAAAAAUCAACAAAACUCCAUCCUCUCUAUAUGCUUUUAAAAACUUUUUAACUCUUCAGACCAACAAUUUUACAUGUUUAACUUAAAAACAUACAUCAGCACAGAAAAAACAGACAAAUAUGAGAUGGUCAGGUGUGAAAUGUUUGAAAAAUGAGUCAAACUGAGGUGGAAUGAUCCUUAAUUUUUAGUUUGAGAGUGUUAAAACGCUCAAUCACAUUUUUUACUUCUGUUUUUUUUUUUUUACCACCAACUGCACUGAACUUAUUUUUGUCCAUUUUUAACUCAACGUAAUUAUUUGUCUGAAGUUUAACAUCAUGCAGGACUUGAAUUUACAACAUUUUCAUGAAUUCUUCAACCGUAUCACAAUAUAUAUAUGAAAGCAAAGUGACGUAUUACAUUAAGUUUUAUCAGUAUUUCACACUCAUUUCAAGAAAUUACCUCAAGAACUUGGAUUUCAUGAAAAGGUUCAUAAUUUUUCAUCAGUUUACCGCUAAACCAAGAAGUUCUAGUCGUUUUCUGUAAACAUGUGAAGCCAGUUUAGGAUAUUUAAACUUUACACGUCUUCUACUGUGCAGACGUUUACCAGAAAACCACAUUAUUCGUGAUUAAACUGUUAAUAAACAUCAGUUUUACUUCAACAUCCAGGAUCUGUGCUUUUAAUCCAGCUCUGCAUACAGAAAGUUGCACUAAUAGCGAUUAAAAAAAGACAGGAAGUGUAUUUUUAAAAGUCUGUGUGGCUGUUUAAAUGUCAUAUUUAGUCAGGGCAGGUUUAUUGUGCUUCAUAUGGUGCAUUAAAGUGACUAAAAACAGCAUAAAAUGUUUAAAAUAUUCAAAGAUAAACAAGUUUUUGCACAGUAGUUUAGGAAAAAGUCUCUUAAUGUGCAGAAUAAAUGUUCAUGAAUAAAGAACCAUGAGGAAAUCA